UUUUGCGCUUCAAAACCAACUACUUUCACUGUCCGGCUUAUUUCAUGAUCGUCGCUUCUUCUUACUCUUCACCAUUCUGGCCAUUUCGUUGACGUUUUGGAUUCUACAAGUAGAACGAUUUACUGGGUUGUGAUCCUUCUUGGAGAAAUUGAAUUCAAAAAUGGAGAAGGGGUCCAGCUGGGAGCAGAGGACACUGGUGAGUGAGCUACUUGAAGGGAUGGAAUCGGCUAAACGGUUGAGGUUGCAUUUGGGUUCAACAGCCUCGACUGAAACAACUGAAGCACUCGUGCAGAAGAUAUUAACUUCAUACGAGAAAGCGGUUUUGAUUCUCAAAGGGAGUGGCUCAACUCCACAAACGGCUUUGCCAGAGUCUCCUUUAUCCAUCAAUAGAAGUCCUCAGAGCGAUGUUCUUGAUGGGUUUUUUAAGGAUAAUCAAGAUCAACAAGAUAGCUCAAAAAAGAGAAAGACAAUGCCAAGGUGGACAGAUAAAGUCAGAGUUGGCUUUGAAAGUGGCCUUGAAGGACCCAAUGAAGAUGGCUUCGGCUGGAGAAAAUAUGGCCAAAAGGAUAUCCUGGGAGCCAAAUAUCCGAGAAGCUAUUACAGAUGCACUUACAAAAACACACAGAACUGUUGGGCUACAAAGCAAGUUCAAAGAUCAGAUGAAGACCCCACCAUUUUUGAUAUAACAUACAGAGGAACACACACCUGUAUUAAUGGCAACUCAGUUACGCAGCCAGCUUCACUAGACAAACAUGAAAAAAGACUAAUUCAGAGUAGUCAUAGUCGCAAUAAUCUCUUAAACUUAAGAAGAGGACCAAGCAUCAGUAAUAAUGGCUUGGAAAAUAAAGACAUGGCAUGUCCUUUCUCUUUUCCUCCGAUGCUUGAUGAAACCAAUUUCUUGGGUGGUUUCUGUUCAUCGUUUGUACCUCUGGCGACUGCCGAUUCAGACUAUUUCUUAAAUUCUCCAAGCCAGAUGAACAACUUGGGUGAUGUUCAUGAUAUGCAACGUUCAGAAUCUGACCUCACUGAGCUAUUAUCUGCUAAUAACUCAGCUGCCAAUUCUCCAAUUUUGAACUUGGAUUUCUCAGCAGAUCUUGAUCCAAACUUCCCAUUUGGCAGCCCAGAAUUCAGCUUUUAGUAUUAAUUCGAUGUAAAAUGAUAAAAAUAAAGAAACAACAGCAAUUCGGUGUGCAUCUUACUUGGGUCUUGAACCCACCUGUUACCCUUGGCUUGUACCAUAAGAGGAAGAGACAAUUGAGGAGCAUAAGAAGCUUGUUUCAGGUUGGCUUAGAAAUAGGGACUGGUUACUUGUAGUAUAGUAUCUGUAACUUUUCCAGUUUGUUUAUAAAGAUUGGAAAGAAAUUCCAAUUGGGUAUUCAAACUGUGCAAAUAGUUUUAACAAAGAGGAACAGUGCUAUGUAUCCACAUUUUUCAGUACACACAUGAUAUGUUAUUAUAUAACUUGAUGAUAUAUAACAAGUAUGUAUCUAUUCGUAUA